GUAAAGGAAAACCAACAUGGACCAAGCUGUGGAGGAAGACGCCGAUCCGCCCCUGAGCCCGCCUCUCAGCCAAGGGACGUUUGAGCAGAUGUGGACGUGCGAAAUGGUCGACCCGUUUUGGGAAUUGAAGUCGAUGGACUCCACCCAGCAAGCCACCAUCCCCUACCUCAACUCCACGGAUCAAACCAACUUUGGCUUGUCGGCUCCGCCAGUCUCGGCCGGCUCUCCGUUGGGUGCUCUGGCUGAAGGCUAUCCAGGGGGAGAAGGCUUCCCCACCCUGGCCUUAACCGACUUCUCGGGGGACCCCCAGUUCCUCCCCUUAGCCCCCCCAGAUUAUGGGGCUGGGGAGAGCUGCCCGAUCCCCCCCACGGAAGAUUAUCCGGGACAAUUCGGCUUCAAUCUGGAGUUCGAGCAGUCGGGCACCGCCAAGUCGGUCACUUACACCUUCUCUCCGCAACUCAACAAACUGUUUUGCCAAAUGAGCAAAACUUGCAAGGUGCUGAUUCGGAUGUCCAGGGCGCCUCCGCCGGGCUCCGUGGUCCGGGCCAUGGCUGUCUACAAGAGAUCCGAACACAUGUCUGAGGUGGUCAGGCGCUGCCCCCAUCAUGAGCGGCACCCGGAGCACAACGACGGCGUGAUCCCCCCGGAUCAUCUCAUCCGGGUCGAAGGAAACCCCCUGGCCCAUUAUCACACAGAUCAGGGUACCAAGCGGCACAGCGUCCGGGUUCUUUACCAGAAGCCUCAGGUGGGGAUGGCGUGCACCAUCAUCCUAUACAAUUACAUGUGUAACAGUUCGUGCAUGGGCGGUAUGAACCGGCGCCCCAUCCUGACCGUCCUGACUUUGGAGACCGAACAGGGGGAGGUCCUGGGACGUCGAUGUUUUGAGGUGCGGGUGUGCGCCUGCCCCGGACGAGACCGACGAUCGGAGGAGCUCAGCUUCCAGCAGAAAGGAAAAUCCCUGGAAAAUACGAAAAAAGCUCCUUUGCAAGGCCCGCGUCCUGGCGCCAGCAGCGGCAGGCCGGUGCAAGUCGCGCCAGAAGAAGAGACGCCUGAAUCUGAAUCGGGGGGUACAUCUGAACCCAAGGUUUACACGCUCGUUAUUCGCAACCCCAGACACUAUGCGAUACUAAAAGAGGUUUUAGAAGGGUUAGAGUGCAGAGACGCCUGCCAGAAGGAGAGCACGGAGGGCUGCAAGUCCGGGAAAAGCGUCCUGAAGAGCCGGAAACGAGGGGCCAAGUUGACUUCGCCCCCUCCAAAGAAAUUCCGGGUGAAGGAUGAGAGCCAGGACUCCAAUUAAUGGGGUGUCACAUAACACCCCCCCU